AUGGCCAAACACAGAGUGGAGAGUUGGUCGCGAUUCCUGCUCCUUUGGCUCUAUCGCUCCGCGCGUUGCCUGUCCCUGCUCUCCUCCAAGUUGGACCUGGACAGGCUCCAGUUGCGGGAACCCAAACGUGGCGGUAGCAAUCGUAUCCUCAACAUCCUGUGGCGCUGUCUGGUGGUUAUCAUUUACGCAGGAGUAUGGCCAACGAUGUCCGAACAGAUUAUUGGCAGCACACCCGAGAGUUAUGCCGAUCUCUUUGCCACGCUUCAGGCUCUGUCAGUUUCGGUUUUGGCAGUUGUAUCCUUUAUAAUCCAGGCGAAGGGCGAAAACCAAUUCCGUGAGGUGUUAAAUAGAUAUUUAGCGCUGUACCAAAGGAUUUGUGCGGCCACUCGAUUGCAGCAGUUGUUUUCUUUAAAGUUUGUGGUUUUCUUUCUGCUAAAACUAUUCUUCACGCUAUGCGGUUGCUUCCAUGAACUGAUACCCCUUCUGAGUGUCGAGAAUUUUUCGGAAAUUAUUCGAACGGUGGCCGUCUGCUUUGGCAUGUACAUGUGGCUGGGCACGAUAUUCGUCCUGGAUGCCUGCUUCCUGGGAUUUCUCGUCUCCGGAAUCCUUUAUGAGCACAUGGCGGAUAAUAUAAUGGCUAUGUUGAAGAAAAUGGAGCCCAUUGAGUCCCAGGAGGAGCGUAUGAGUCACUAUCGCAGGAUGCGACUCCUGUGCGACUAUGCCGAUGAGUUGGACGUGUUUGCCGUAAUAUAUAGUGAACUCUAUGAAGUUACUCAGGCUUUUAGAAAAAUGUUGCAGUGGCAAAUCCUGUUUUAUGUUUACUAUAACUUUAUUAAUAUUUGCCUGCUGCUUUAUCAGUGCAUUUUGCGGCAUCUCAACGAAAAUGAAAUGGCUCUGGUGUCCUUGGUCAUGGCUUGGGUUAAGUUGGCCAACUUGGUCCUGCUGAUAAUGUGUGCCGACUAUACGGUUAGGGAGUCCCAGAAGCCCAAGAGGUUGCCUUUAGAUAUACUUUGCACCGAUAUGGAUCAGCGCUGGGAUAAGAGUGUGGAAACCUUUCUGGCUCAGCAACAAACACAGCGUUUGGAGAUCAAGGUCUUGGGUUUCUUUCACCUAAACAACGAAUUCAUCCUGAUGAUCCUCUCUGCCAUUAUAUCAUAUCUCUUUAUACUGCUGCAGUUUGGCAUUACAGGUGGCUUCGAGGCUUCUGAAGAAAUUAAAAGUCAGUUUCAGGAUAAGAUUUAA